CUCACCGUACGAUUUAUUUUAGCCAUCAGUAAGUCAACUUACUCGAGAAAACAAUAACAUACAACAAUGGGAGUAUCUGGGCCGUUCUGAGCCGACUACACCCCCGGCACACGCCUCGUUACUCCUCACUUGUGCGGCUCACCUCCACGGGAGCAGACGUUUAUGUAAUACGGUACACUUUCAUGGACAGAUAAUUGACACCGGAACAAAUUUGUGGUGAUACGCACGUCAACAUUGAUCAUCGUCAAACCGGAGACAAUCUUUUUUUCUGAAGUGACUUUUCCGUAUUUAAAGACAUUAGUUAUAAUUUUCUUUGAUUGCUGUGUCUUCAACAUGACGUCUCCGAAUGAUCUUGUUCCAACUCAGCAUCAAAUUUCUCAAAGCGUUGCUCACCCCGGUGUUGUCGGCGGAUUCUACAGUCCCUUCGGGGCCAUGGGACACGGUGUGACCCCUUACUCGCAUCCCUCCUCAAUGUUCUACCCACCGUUGGACUUCAAUAGGGCCUACGCUCUGAGGAUGAUCGAAGAAAUGCAACGACGGGAACAGCCACAGAAGCCGCCAUUUUCCUAUAUUGCACUCAUCGCUAUGGCCGUCAAGAGCGCACCCGACAGGAAAAUCACCCUAAAUGGAAUCUACCAGUUUAUCAUGGAGCGAUUUCCGUAUUACCAUGACAACAAACAAGGAUGGCAGAAUUCGAUCCGACACAAUCUGAGUCUAAAUGAUUGUUUCGUUAAAGUUCCCCGAGAAAAAGGCAAACCGGGAAAGGGCAACUACUGGACCUUAGAUCCUAAUUGUGAGGAAAUGUUUGAGAACGGCAACUACAGAAGGCGCAAGAGACGCGUUAAAUCUACAGGAAAGGAUGACAGAGAAAACGGUGACGAAUCGUCAGCACUAGGAGAUGAUUUCGACGAUUCUGAUGGAGGCGAUGAUCGUUUGUCCGACGUUGGAGACGAUAUAUCCAAUAACGGCGAAGAUGACAGUGGUAUUAACAUCUGUUCGGAAGACGACAAUUCGCGGGAUUCAUUGGAGGCAAGGACUGAUGUCUCUAGAUGUGUACGGAAUGAACCAAAUAACAAUUGUAAUCUCAGAAUUGGACAGUGUCCGGAAACACGGAAAAGUCUUUUUACAAUUGACAGUAUCAUAGGAAAUGAUAGCCUCUCUGCCCGGAAGGACCCCGAAAUGGGAUCUAUCAAACGGAAAUCCUCGACGUCCGACGAUGUGAACGGUAACGAAAACAUCAAAAAGAAAAAGUUUGAUAUUUUUGAUAGAAUUCCAAGCCCCCCUCCAAAGAUUAUUGAUUUGAAAGGACAGAACCCAACAUCGCUGCAACUGUCUUUAGCUACUGCUAGUAUGUACGGACAUGGAGGGCUUAUACGGAGCACACAUCAUGGAAUUCCGACAAACAUGUUGUCCCUCCCUGGAUAUGGACCUCUGGGGGGAUAUUCCCACCGUCCCUCCUCUCAAGAACUUAUGAUGCGACCCCACGGAAUAACCCACCUCCCUAUGAACAUGGCUUUGGCCUCCCUUUGCGACAGUGAGUGGAGCCAGAGACAGGCAGGGCUUUCUCUCAGGUAGAAUGAUACAACGGUUUCCAGGAAGGAGUACUGAAUAUCUGACUAAAGUAGUAUUCUUUCAUAGUGUGUCUGUGAUUUUUAGUGUAGAACUCGCACAAGGCAUUGUGUGUAUGACGUAACUUAUUGUAUGUGUGUUGUUUCUUCCGGAAACGCUGGCCAAUGACAAUACAGGUGCACGUUUUAUAUCCAACAAACAUUGUGAGUUUUUUCAGCAAAAUGAUAUAAAUAUAUUCCUAACUGUGGUAUAUACUGACAAUCGGAGAAAUGUAGUGCUCAUUUUGUUACAAACUUCAUAUUAUUAAGAAAUAUUACAAACUAUUCACAAGAAGUACAUAUGCAUGUGUCUGGAUGAUUUUAUCUCUAGGUGUUAGUGUAAAUACAAAAAUAUAAUUAUAGAAACAAAAACUGACGAAAUGUUGCCUGUUGAAUAUCAAAGUUUAUCAUGUUUUUCUUAUGUUGAAGAAAAAAAUAAAAAGAGAAGUAUU